AUGACACAAGGGUGCUGGAUUGGCCGCGUAUGCCGACGACCGUGUGGCCCCGGCGGAUACCUGGGCUCCGUACAGAAGGGUUCCGAUAUUUAUAGCGGGCACGGUAAGGUUGGUCUUUUUGGACCAGUCAAGCACUGCGGCGGAGUCAAGUCCACACGUGCAACCUCAGUCGGGGAUAUGACUCUUGAAAUCAACAAGUUGGAGGACUCUGGCUCUGACAUUUUCUACGAGUUCCAGGAUAACCCAGACCAGGUGCUUAAUCAGUUCCGGGCCGUUUCGGCACCGCGCGCAGCUUCUGCUACUGUGACCCCUAACAAGGAGACUCUGCUUACCCGACCCGGGUUCCAGUUUGAUGGUGGCCGUGGAGCCAAGGUCCACAUGUCUCGGGAUUGCCGAUGUAUCAAGGGCAAUACUGUAUCCAAUGUCGACAUUACCAGCACGACUAUUUGGUGUAAGACGUGUAUCAAGAGCGCACCCAAGUCCCCACUCGCUACCAUAAAGGAGGAGCCCAAGGAUGCCGAAUUGCCACCACUCUCUGUAGCUACACCAACUGAAAUGGGGUUCCAGAUUGCCGGGGCUCCUAGAGCAAAGGUUCAUAAGCUAGACAGCUGUCGAUGGAUUGAGGGCAAGAGUGUAUUCAAUGUCAACAUUACCAACACAACGGGUUGGUGUAAGACGUGUACCAAGAGCGCACCCAAGUCCCCUCUCGCUACCAUAAAGGAGGAGCCCAAGGAUGCCGAAUUGCCGCCACCCUUUGAAGCUACACCAACUCAGAUGGGGUUCUAG